AUGCCGCUUUUGUUGCGGUGUCUGGCGCUUUGGGUCGCGGCGCAUGGUUCUGAGAUGGAGGCUUUGAUAAGCACAGAGCUACUGCAGCACCAGAUGCUCCUAGAUGGCCCAUGGGAUCCUCCGCAGCAGCGCCUCAGAGCAACACAGCCUAUCUCCUGGCUGCAUUUCCCCAAGGCUGGAAGCUCCUUCAUCAACAUGAUCACGCACCUGCCAGGCGUCUGCCCGCCUAUGAUGAACAUCACCCUUGGCCCGGACUUGUUUGGAGACUGCUGGCUCAUAAAGUGGUACACAUACUAUUGCCAGGCGGCUUGCGAUGUGAAAAAGGUCAUGCCUUUCGGGCAUGUGGCAUAUGAGCCGCACCCCACAGUCGGCAAGUACUCAGCGAAACGUGGCCGGCUAAUGGGUAUGUUUCGUGAUCCUGACCAACGAAUACUUUCCGGUUUUCAUGACGAUGUCAACAAUUUGGCGGCCGUCGAUUACGCUGAGUUCUUGCACGAAGAUCUUGACGUCCGGAAUUGUACUUACUUCGGGCAGGAGGUGCCGAAAAGGCAUAUCCUGGAUUUUGCUGAGUCGUGGAAAGGCGGUAUGACGUAUCAGCUUCUGGUCGAGCAGCCGGAAACGCAGACAUUGGACCCCAACCGCACCCGAAUGACGCGCGAAGACGCGGUCGAAGCUGCUCGUAGGGUGCGGGAAGGCUUCUCUUUUGUGGGCAUCACGGAAGAGUGGGAACUGUCUGUGUGCCUCUUCCACAGGAUGUUUGGGGGCGCCUGCCAUGCUGCGGAGUUCGUAGACACGUUGCUCUCCUUCAACGUCUCCCACGAAGCGUGCCAGGAGUGCUACAACAAUGCUGGCUCUCAAAACUGGGCUUUUGCAAUCCCAUUCCUAAGUGUGGGGCCUGAACACUGUGAGCGCAGCGAGCGCUGUGAUGGAAAUGCUGUGAUCACCGGCAAGCGUGGCUCAAAGGGAGCCAGGGCCCGUCGAGAUGAGGAGGCUUGGUUCAUGUGCUCUCGUGGCUCGGCUCUCAGCGCACUGCUGGCAUCAGAGUGCGAGGCAAAUCUGGAGUUCCUGCAGCUGGGUUUCCAGAAAGGGCCGCGGAAGCCCCACGUGCUCCUCUUCAUCGCGGAUGAUUUGGGCUGGGCGGAUUUGGGAGCCCACCGCACCGCCAGAAAUCCCGCGGAGGUGCAAGGAAAGGCCGAGACACAAACUCCGAACUUGGAUGCUCUGAUCAAGGACGGGGUGCUCUUGGAGAGGCACUAUACCUCAUCAACGUCGGCUCCCUCCAGGUGUUCUUUGCUCAGCGGCCGGCUGUCUCAUCGCUUCCCACCUUCGCCUGCAGGCAUCUCGACACCACAGAUGUUCUGGAACCCGCAAGACAAUGUCUCCGGCUUCUACGGAAUCCCGCGGAACAUGACAGGCCUCGGGAGCAAGCUGAAGGAAGCUGGCUAUGCUACCCACUUUGUCGGCAAGUGGGACGUGGGCUUUGCCACUCCGGAGCAUACACCCCUGGGCAGAGGAUUUGAUUCAUUCCUGGGAAACCUUCAGUCAAUGACGGACUUUUGGUCAAAAGAUCACAAGGGCGAGAAAUGGCUUGAGGAUAUGUGCCUAAACAAAUUUCAGGAUUUCUCCCUACACAACGCCACCUACCGCGGUGGUGUGGAAGGGGCCAUCGCAGCAGAACUGGGCUGCGAUGCUCGUGUUCGGGGGAAAACCUUCACAAACUUUGGAUGCAACGAGGAUGAUCGAAGCGAGUGCUUGCCAGAAAGCUGCUACGAAGAGACCAUGCUUCUUGAGCAUGCCGCACGGCUUAUCAAGCAGCACCCGCCUUCAACGCCUCUGUUCCUCAUGUACUCAUCACACCUUGUGCAUCCCCCGCUACAAUCACGAAGGUCAGCUGUCCAGUUCGAAGAGGCGGUGGAAAAGGCUUUCACCGCUGCGGGUGUGCAAAGGAAGUUUCCUUGGACCCACCGCCGCAAGCGGAUCUCUGCAAAUGUUCUGUACCUGGACUUUGUCAUGGGCAGGCUCGUGGCCACCUUGAAGGAGCGUCACAUGUUCGAGGACACAUUGAUUGUGUUUCUGUCCGACAAUGGAGGGGGCGUCCACCUCAGAGGAAGCGGGAAUAACUAUCCAUUAAAGUCCGGGAAGUAUGCAGACUGGGAAGGAGGAGUGCGCACCAAUGCCUUCAUCUCGGGAGGUGUUGUUCCAGCUGAAAACCGUGGCAGCAGCUUCAGUGGCGUGAUCCACAUUUCGGAUUGGUACGCUACCCUGUGCAGCAUGGCUGGUGUCAGUCAUGUUGACGCGCCUGCACACGAGGCCAACAAGGUCUUGCAGCACAAAGGUCUGCCACUUCUGGCUGCCGUGGAUGGUCGGCCCCAGAUGCAGCACAUACUUUCAGGCAGCAAUGGCCGCGCGGAUGCGCUGCUUCUGAGCAGGACGGCCCUGCUGAAGUGGCCAUACAAGCUCGUGACUGGCAAGCAGGAGUUCAGCUUCUGGCCUGGCCCCGUCUUUCCGAACUGCAGCAGCGAGCACCCGGCAUUCCCCUACGUCGACGUCUUCGCACAGAAGCUGCGAAUCGACGAGAACGAGUCGGCUUACCUGGCGAAUGCCAUGGUGGCGGACUGUGGCCUUGGCUGCCUCUAUGAUGUCGAUGCCGACCCCGGCGAGCACUCAGACCUCUCCUCCUUCGAGCAGUACAAGGGCUUGUUAGAAGGAUUGCAGGAAGAGCUUCAGCAACUGAACGCGGAGGCUUCCACAGCAGACUUUGGCCAGUGGAGACCCGAAGCGUGCUGGCGGGCAUUCCGGGAGGGCGGCUUCAUCGGCCCUUUCGUCGAUGCGGACGACUUCUACACAGACGCGUCGCGUGCCACGCCACGAGCGGCAGCUGAGUACCGACAGGAGUUGAUAAAGCUGCAGAAUGAACUGAAGGACCCGGCGUUCAUCCGUGAAGCAGCCCGAGCUGUGGCCGCACGCCUGGAUGCAGAAAGUGGAGUGAGCGAUUGCGUGGUAGAGAACAAAGCUUGA